UAUUUUUACAAAUACGAUGGGGAAAUAUUUUUAAAAUGUAAUUUUUAUCUUGAUAGUAAUCUGCAUGAGCAAGCAUGCGUUCAAGAAAGUUUUUCAUUUCUUUAUGUGUUGGUCUUGUGUUUUUUUGUACAUUUCUACUGUUGUUUUGUAAUCGGAUUCCAUCACCACAAAACUCUAUUACAGAACCAAAAUGGUUGCAGGAAAGUAGUUCAGACUUUGCAGAAAGAUCACGUAAAGCCGUUUCCCUUUUAACACCUGAUCUGGCAUGGCUGGGGAAACUUGGAAAGGAAGAAUUAAGUACAAUUCCAGUGAAUUUUCCAAACUGCAGUCGUUCAGUGUUUCUUACAAUACUAGUGACAAGUGCUCCUGAUAAUUUUGAACAGAGAAACGCCAUACGUAGCUCUUGGGCAAAAUUACAUCAUAGUACGAAAAGUAAACGUUUUUUUACUGGACUAUUAGGUUCAUAUGAACCAGAUGAUGUUGUUAAAACAGUAUUCUUAUUGGGUCGAAGUAGCACAAACGAAGUACAAGCAUUAGUCAACAGAGAAAUGGAGAGUUUCGAUGACAUUGUGUUUGGAGAAUUUGAAGAUAAAUAUGAAAAUUUAGUGUAUAAGACAAGGUUAGGUUUCACAUGGGCAUAUUCCAGUUGUCAGUCAGCCUAUGUGCUCAAAACUGAUGAUGACGUCUUUAUUAACCUGUACCAAUUUCUGCGGUGGAUUGCGAGGUCAGAGGAGCGGAACUUUUACACAGGCUGGUGCAAUUAUAGAAGCAAAGUGAGCAGAAAUAAGCUGAGUAAAUGGUAUGUUUCAUUGGAAGAUUACAGCGAGGAUGAGUUUCCUCCCUACUGUCUUGGCGGUGGUUAUCUGUUAUCUCAAGAUAUAUUGUCUCACAUCAUAAAACCAAUGUACACAAAACGUGUGAUUCACUUGGAGGAUAUAUUCAUAGGUGUCUUGAUUAAUGAAUUUAAUAUACAACCAAUUAACAAUAGAAAAGGGUUCAAUCUACUUUUUUCUGGAAAUAAAAAACUCUGCGACUUCUUGCAUGUAUUUUUGGUCCAUCCUGUAAAAACAAGUGAGAUACUGAGUAUGCAUUUGCAAGCUGACCUUGCUAGAAAGAUAUGCUAACGUUACUGAAAUAUGCAUGUUUGGUAUAUGCUCAUAAUUAGUAAUUCAACUAACCUGGAAUUUUUGUCAAAUAUACGUAUUUAAUUUAAUACCCACAUC